GCGUCCGCCCGGAGUUGUCCCUCUCACUCUCGAUUGACACAAACACUUCUCCAGAAGGGGGGGAAACCUAAGCAACAACAACAAUCAACAACCAGAUCUUCCUCCUUUCCUCCCUCUCUCCCUUCCCCCGCGGCCUGCCCCCGCCCCCUCCCCCAGGCCCACCGCAGGCUCCCAGGGCGUCCCGACCCGUUGCGCGAGGCCGACAGUUUAGGAUCCAAAGCUUCCCUACUCGUUUGGUUCUUCUCUUUUUAUAAAAAGAGGAGGGGAAAUUCCGGUGACGGGCAGCCCUGCACACACACACACCCGCCCUCAUACCCCGACAAAAGCAGAUGCACUUUGACUUCUGACAGCUCUACCUCAAGCCCGAGAGAACUCAGCGGCGCUUUCCCUGCAAGCCGAGCUCGCCGUGUCGUCCUCUUCCUUCUCCGACUCCGUUUUAUUUAUUUAUUUCCGUUCCCGUCGCCGUUCUCGGUGACCUUCACUCCUUCGCGGGCUCUGGGCAGAAGAGUCGCUUUCUCGCCCGCCUGAGACUCUUUCCUCGCCCCAGGAGCGGCGGCGGUGCUGCUGUGCCCCGGGGCCCCGGGACUGUCGGGCUGCACACUUCACCGAGGCGCCCCCCGACCCCCAUCAGCCUUCUCCCUCCCUCUGAUUUUCCGGCGCGGGUUUCGGUUUGCACUGCCAAGUGUGUCUCCCCAUUUUGGAGGGGCUGGGGAGUUCCUGCCGGUCAUCUUGGUGAAUCAUCCCCUCGGCUCUACCUGCGCUUCUCUCUCCGGGCCUCACCCGACCAAACCAAAGACCAUGGUGCACUGUGCCGGCUGCAAAAGGCCCAUCCUGGACCGCUUCCUCUUGAACGUGCUGGACAGGGCCUGGCACGUCAAGUGCGUCCAGUGCUGUGAAUGUAAAUGCAACCUGACCGAGAAGUGCUUCUCCCGGGAAGGCAAGCUCUACUGCAAAAACGACUUCUUCCGGUGUUUCGGUACCAAAUGCGCGGGCUGCGCGCAGGGCAUCUCCCCUAGCGACCUGGUGCGGAGAGCCCGGAGCAAAGUGUUUCACCUGAACUGCUUCACCUGCAUGAUGUGUAACAAGCAGCUCUCCACCGGCGAGGAGCUCUACAUCAUCGAUGAGAACAAGUUCGUCUGCAAAGAGGAUUACCUAAGCAACAGCAGCGUCGCCAAAGAUAACAGCCUCCACUCAGCCACCACGGGCAGUGACCCCAGUUUGUCUCCGGACUCCCAAGACCCGUCGCAGGACGACGCCAAGGACUCGGAGAGCGCCAAUGUGUCAGACAAGGAAGGCGGCAGCAAUGAGAACGACGACCAGAACCUGGGGGCCAAGCGGAGAGGGCCGCGCACCACCAUCAAAGCCAAGCAGCUGGAGACGCUGAAGGCCGCCUUUGCCGCUACACCCAAGCCCACGCGCCACAUCCGCGAGCAGCUGGCUCAGGAGACUGGCCUCAACAUGCGUGUCAUUCAGGUCUGGUUCCAGAACCGACGGUCCAAGGAACGGAGGAUGAAGCAGCUAAGCGCGCUGGGCGCCAGGCGCCACGCCUUCUUCCGCAGUCCGCGCCGGAUGCGGCCGCUCGUGGACCGCCUGGAGCCGGGCGAGCUCAUCCCCAACGGGCCCUUCUCCUUCUAUGGAGAUUACCAGAGCGAGUACUACGCUCCCGGAGGCAACUACGACUUCUUCCCGCAAGGCCCCCCGUCCUCGCAGGCUCAGACGCCAGUAGACCUGCCCUUCGUGCCGUCGUCCGGGCCUUCCGGGACACCCCUGGGUGGCCUGGAGCACCCGCUGCCCGGCCACCACCCGUCGAGCGAGGCUCAGCGGUUCACCGACAUCCUGGCGCAUCCUCCCGGGGACUCGCCCAGCCCCGAGCCCAGCCUGCCCGGGCCUCUCCACUCAAUGUCGGCCGAGGUCUUCGGGCCCAGCCCACCCUUCUCGUCGCUGUCGGUCAACGGCGGGGCGAGCUACGGAAACCACCUGUCUCACCCCCCCGAAAUGAACGAGGCGGCCGUGUGGUAGCGGAGUCGCGCACGAUACGCGGAGUUCGUGGUUGUACAGAAACGAACCUUUAUUUAAGAAAAACAGAAAAAAAAAAAGAAAAAAAACA